GUGCGUCGUCAACGGGGGGAGAAAAUGGCGAGCUGGUGUGUGCGAGCGGUGAGACAGAGUUACUCAGUGGUAGCCUCGCCUUCACCCAUUAGGUGUCAGCAAGCUCGAGUGUUUUCGCUUUCACUCGCUCCCUGCCUCUCCAGGGCACUUCCACGUUUGCUAUGCACAGCUGCCCAGCAGAAAAACGGCCAGAGGUCGGAGGAGGAGGCUAGCAAGCCGGAGCAGAGUGCAGCAGAGAAGACCCUCGUGGAGGAGAAGAUCCAGCUGGAGGAACAGCUCAAGGAGGUCACAGAAAAAUUCAAGCGGGCCUUAGCAGACACAGAGAACCUCAGAACAAGGAGUAAGAAGAUGGUGGAAGAUGCUAAGUUAUAUGGAAUCCAGGGCUUCUGCAAAGACCUGCUAGAGGUGGCAGACAUCUUGGAGAAGGCCACGGAGAGUGUGCCCAAGGAGGAGGUGACCACACAGAACCCCCACCUCAAGAACCUGUACGACGGCCUGGUGAUGACUGAGGUCCAGAUCCAGAAGCUUUUCACCAAACACGGCCUGGUCAAGCUCAACCCCGAUGGCCAGAAGUUUGACCCCUAUGAGCACGAGGCCCUCUUUCACACCCCCAUGGAGGGCAAGGAGCCUGGCACUGUCGCUGUUGUAACUAAGGUGGGCUACAAGCUCCAUGGUCGCACCCUCAGGCCAGCAUUGGUGGGUGUGGCCAAAGCCCCUUUCAAUUGAUGGGGUUGUGGUGCCAUGAUUUUUUUUUUUUAUAACCUGAGUGAUGGAUCAGCUCAGGUAUAAUAGGUUGGUCAAGGCACCCCACACCAUUUACUCAUACAACCCCCAUCGCUGAAUGGUGCCUCAAAGACACAGGACUCCUGCUGACCACAGCAUCUGGACAACAUCUGACCUGUUUUGACAGUGUUUUAUUGAACAGAUAUCUAUAGCUUCUGGCAUAGGGUGCAGUCUCACUUGUAUGAGUCAUGUAAAAGUCAGAUUCAUGUCAUAGUGUUUUUCUUUUCUGUCAAAAAGGGGGGGAGUGAGUGGUACUUAUCAACAAACUACUAUUAUUCUUAUAAUUAUUAGAGUCACAUUGUAAAAUUAAGUUCUUAACACAUGGGGCUCGGGACCUCUGGAGCCACGCCUCCUCUGGCAGGGCGGCAGUCUUGAGUUUGAUGUUUCACUCAUUUAAAAUGUAAUGCUGUUUUCAAAGAGAUUCGCAUAAAGUUGCUUGUUCAUCGAUCGUGUUGUUUAGUCCCAACUAUGUUGUAAAAUAUGAAAUGCAGGCGUGCAAUCCUGAAAUUGAGCCGUUAUCAUUCCUGACUAAUGGAAAACCAAACGAGACCGAGGUUUGAGCUCCUCAUGUGAGUCAGUGGGAGCGAGUCAAUCUUAAGGCAGAGCGUCUGGCAGCAGGUCAGUGGAGAAUUUCCCAUUUUGAAAAAUUCCUCUACCGACUCUUCCUGACUAGGGUGUACCUGACUACUGCCAGCUACCGGAAUAAUGUGAUAAAUGUGGGCGGUGCAAAUGGAUGUUGAGUUUGAACAGCCUACUGUUCAUUUUAUCAGACUACAAGUAAAAGAUGCUGUAUCUUAUGUCGUUAAUCCCUAUAUCUCGUGUGUACUCGGAAUAGUGAAAGCGGUUUAUGACCGUCAUUGACCUAUUUCCAUGGAUGUCAAACCAUCUGUGCAGUUUUUUCCCCCUCCGCCAAACACGACACCAGCAGGCUUUACUUAUUAGCACCAACAGGACGGCGUCAGACAGGUAAUCUGAAAGGAGCCGGUGUAGAAUUUCACCAAAAUGGAAACUUACACACGUUGGCCUAUGAGGAAAAAACAAAGACAUCCGAUUUCAAAUUACUACACCAACAAAGUUGUAAUAAUUCCACACGUCAUGUUCAUUCUAGUGUUUCCAAACAUUUUUUUUUUUAAAUAGAUUUUGUGGAGGGGGUAAUACAAGGCUCAUGAUGGGUAAAAAGACUGAGAUGUACUUGCCAAAGCCGCUAUUGUGAAAAUGUUUUUGGCCAACACUCGGGACAAAUCUGUGCCAGGUUUUGGCUGGGGACUGUUGGUCAGUAAUGGAGAUGGUUUAACAACUCCUUUGUCCGUAAGUCAUUUACAGUAAUAUGUAUGGAUCACUUCACAAUAAACCGAAUUGUUGUCCAGCUCUGCAGACAUACUGUCUUGGCCUGUGUUUAAAGGCAACACUUUCACUCAUCCUACAGUGCAUGCGGACCUGGAAAUGUACUUUUGGCUCUGCAGCACAACCUUCUUCGGGUAGCUUCUGAUAGGUUUAACACAAACAUCCUUCCAAGAUCUGGCUUAAGUCUUUUUGUCAUGACACUGAUCACAUACCCAUUCACCCAGAGUUGUUUUUAUUUUAAAACA